AUGUAUGUGACGUCCAUCUUCUCCAUGUUGCAUCCUCUGUUCAACCAACCAUCUUAUCUCAAUUUUCAUUUUCAGAAAAGGGAGUGCAAGUAUGACACAGCCAAUUGUGCUGUUAACUGCACCAGUUAUGACUUUGUGUCUGAGGGUAAUGAAGAGGCACUAAAGGAGGCAGCGGCCACCACUGGACUCAUUUCUGUGGCCAUUGAUGCCACCCAGCCAAAAUUUGCCUUUUAUCGCAGUGGUGUAUAUAAUGACCUGAGCUGCACCAGGAAGAUAAACCAUGCUGUGCUUGUAGUGGGUUAUGGUACUUUGGACUACUGGCUAGUGAAGAACAGCUGGGGAACAGGUUUUGGAGACCAGGGGUACAUUCGAAUGGCAUGGAACAGAAAUAACCCUUGUGGCAUUGCCUCAUAUGCUUGCUACCUUAUUAAUACCUGUGGAAGGGAAGCCAAUUACAUAUUAACUACAUUGUUUGAAAUGAUGUAAUAGUAUUGUAAACUGUAAGUUUUUAUAACACCUCUAUGGGAUCAUAGAGUACUUUGAAUUACUGCUGAAUGUUCCAAUAUAAUUACCAGACUGUGGUACCUUUUUCUAUAUCGAAUUUAUUGUUAAA